AUGUCAUCUGAGAAGACAGUGUCGAUCUCUCACAUCUACCCCAUCACCUUCAGCAUCAUAAAGAAACACACGAUCAACACUACCUGCGAUAGGCCUCGGGUGGCGGAGUUCAAGGCCACAGUUCGACAAUCACUGAGUGAGCGCAUGGAGGUUGACAACAAAGCACGCUUGGUUGCCAUGCCAGCGCUGAUGGCUUCUGCCCUGGAUCCUCGGCAUAAACACCUCCCGUUUUUAGCAAGAGAUGAAACAAAGGCUGUGUUUGAUAAGUUGAAUGAACUUUGUGCUCAUGACCUGGAGGACCAUGCAGCUAUUGCGGAGGACAUGGGUGGCCGUGGAUAUCCUCUGCAGGUAGACUACCCUCCCCAGGGUUUCUAUCCCCAGCAGGUGGUUCUCCCUCCGCAGGGGCUUUUUCCCCCGCAGGUGGUCUACCCUCCCCAGGGUUACUAUCCUCUGCAGGUGGACUACCCUCCCCAGGGUUUCUAUCCCCCGCAGGUGGAUUACCCUCCCCAGGGUUUCUAUCCCCCGCAGGUGGAUUACCCUCCCCAGGGUUUCUAUCCCCAGCAGGUGGUUCUCCCUCCGCAGGGGCUUUUUCCCCCGCAGGUGGUCUACCCUCCCCAGGGUUACUAUCCUCUGCAGGUGGACUACCCUCCCCAGGGUUUCUAUCCCCCGCAGGUGGACUACCCUCCCCAGGGUUUCUAUCCCCAGCAGGUGGACUACCCUCCACAGGGUUUCUAUCCCCCGCAGGUGGUCUACCCUCCCCAGGGUUUCUAUCCCCCGCAGGUGGACUACCCUCCCCAGGGUUUCUAUUCCCCGCAGGUGGUCUACCCUCCCCAGGGUUACUAUCCCCCGCAGGUGGACUACCCUCCACAGGGUUUCUAUCCCCCGCAGGUGGUCUACCCUCCCCAGGGUUACUAUCCCCAGCAGGUGGACUACCCUCCCCAGGGUUACUAUCCCCAGCAGGUGGACUACCCUCCCCAGGGUUACUAUCCCCAGCAGGUGGUUCUCCCUCCACAGGUGGACAUUGUGGAUCCUGAUGUUCAGCCUCCCUCUCCUCCUCCUUCCUCUCCGGCUCCCACGUCUCCCGCCGCUUCCUGCUCUUCUGAUUUUCCGCCUCAGAUUUCCAGAGCCUUGAGGAGUUCCUGGACUUUUUUGUGCAGACUCUGGAUUCAGCUCCUGCCUCCCCCACUACUUCUCCUCUACAGGUCCCUCUCUUCCUUGGUGCAGCUGUCCCCUGUCCUCCUGGCAGUGCUCCUUCUUCUCGCCUCCUUGCCUCCCCCUCACAUGAUUCCUCUCCAGCUCAAAGAGGCGGCGCCGCUCGUCUCCUGCUCCCUCUUCCUCCCUCUCUCCUUCCUCCUAAACCUCCCUGCCCCCCUCCUUCCUUAUGACCCUCCCUUCCCCCUCUCCACCCUACCCCUGUCCUCGACCUCUCCUCCCUGCCUCACUCUUCCCUCCCCUUCUCCUCCCUCCUCCUCUUCUCCCCUCUCAUCUCCCUCCCUGUCUCUUUCCUUCUAA